UUUUGGGGGCUGGCGAUGCUGCUCGCAGACACCCUGGCGCUCGUGCUCCACCCGCCGCCAGUCGCGCCGCGGUCGCGCGAGGUCGCGGUCGCCGCGGUCGCGCACGGCAGCGGCAUGGUGGGACCGCGGUCGUACGGCCCGUAUGACAAGCUGUCGUACGACAAGCAGUCGCGCCGUAGCAGUCGCGCCGCGGUCGCACCCACCAUGCUGCUGCCGUGGGAGGGCAAAAGCGGCCUCGACGUCAGGCCGUAUGACAAGCUACUCAACAAGGCAGCGCCCGUGGUUGUGCCUCUCCUCGUCGGGUAUGGAUCCAAGGUCUUCAAGCCGCUCUACUCGCUGGCCGACAAGGUCCGCAACCGCAAGGCCGACACAGAAGCGCGCCAGGCAACGUCCAAUGCGUACAAGCCGUGCGUGGUCUUCUCCUCUCGGACCAUCAAGGACGAGGCCGCUUACAAGAGCGCCUUCGCCGAGUACGCGGAGGGCGCGAUGGCUGGCUCGGGCGUGCGCGCGUGCUUCAGCUUCAUGGAUCGCGACAAGGAGAUGACGGCGGUGCAAUUUGCGUGGUACGACUCGGCCUCUGACCUCGUGCCGGAGCCGCCAGCGCUCAAGGAGUGCUACUGCGGCACGGUCGCGACCGACUACACGCAGACAUGGGGCAAGUGGAAUGCGGACUUCAAGGCGGCGCUGCAGACGGAUAUCUGCAAGUACUCGUUCGUCGAGGAGGUGCGCGGCUUCCUCAAGGAGCCGACCGAAGCCAACGCCAAGGGGUUUGCCACCGGCGAGCCGCCGAUGAUCUGGAUCUCGAAGCGCGACAUCCUGCCGGGCCGCAUGGAAGCGGCGGGGAGCAGCUUCCAGUGCGGGACCGACCGCAUGUACACGGCUGCGCCGGCUGCGCUGGGCAUCUGCGAGUUCACCGACCCGGUCGACGAGAACGCCACCCUGGGCGCUGCCCGUGUUCCACGACUACCACACGGGCAUUUAGGCGCACUUCCCCCGUGACGUCGCCCAUUCUCUUCCUCAUGGGGUUCAACCUCAUCCCGGAAUGGGUUCCGGGCCCUUUCCCUCCUGGGUUUCUCCUUUCUCUUCGCAGAUUGGUACACGCCCUACAUCUUCGAGUCGGAUGCGCUCAUCGGGCCGAAGCCGGAUUUUGGAAAGGGCUUCUGAGCCAGCAGACAAGGUGUGGUUUGCGCUCCUGGUGCGCCGCAAUGCCAUCCGUUGGCGCGUUGGCGCUGUUUAUAGGGGCCUAGAGAACCCCCCCCCCCUCUCCUUUUCUCCUCUCUCUCAGUGUACGUGCUUUUACGAGUGAGUGUACGUCUCUCCCUCUAGUGUACAGUACCUUUAGCUUACUGGGUCAGG